UUAAACGUCAAAAUGGCCAAUAGUGGAAAGAAGACAGUUUUAUUUGUGUGUUUAGGCAACAUUUGCAGGUCGCCUAUAGCUGAGGCAGUCUUCAGACAACUUGUUAUUAAGGAAGGCAAAGAACAUGAGUGGGAAAUAGAUAGUGCAGCAGUAGGGCCGUACCAUAUUGGGUUAAAAUCUGAAAGGCGUGCACAGCAAACUGCCAAGAAAUUCGGAACACCUAUGGAUCACACAGUCAGACAAGUCAAUAAGCAAGAUUUCUAUAAGUUUCAGUAUAUCUUUGGGUUUGAUUUGGAUAAUAUCAGUGAUUUGACUGGUAUGAAACCGAAGGACAGCAACACUACCGUAGAACUCUUAGGAAGUUAUGAUCCAAAUAAUAAAUCUCAAAACAUUGAUGACCCAUAUUAUGGUGAUAAUAUUGAAGACUUUGAAGAAGUUUAUCACCAAUGUGUGGCAGCCUGCAAAAACUUCCUUGCAAAACAUUGACUUCCUUGCAAAACGUGAACUUAUCAUCUCCAGACAAAAAAUUGUUUGCUGUGAGGGGCCAUCCAUAAAAAAAUAUCGAAAUAAUGUUUUGACAGCAAAGGGUAUUAUAAACUGUGGUUAUGAUGUGAAUAUUCACUCUUCUCAUUACAACGCAACAUGCACUUCAAAUUACUAUUUGCACAAUUUGGGAGUUGUUCAUGUUCUCUUAUAGCAAUCGUCACUUAGAAAUUACCGGUAUUCUUUCAAGGAGGGAUUUUUGGGAGUAAUCUUCGAACUUCUUAGAGAUAGUUGACGAUUGUGAAUGGCCCCUGAGAGCAACUGAUUGAAUUCAUUUUGUUAAAGUCAAUGUGCUAGUCAGUUAGUUUGGAUGCUCACGUCGUAGGGGCUCCAUCCUAGGACCUAUGUGCCAUGUCAUAAAGACAAUACCACCUUAUAAAUGCAUUAGCUAUUAAGUCCAGAUGUGAUGGUCAUAGACUUAGAGGAAUGUUCUGCUUUUAUCUUAAAUGUUGUAUAUCCUUAAACAUUGGCAAUCAAGAAUUUAGACAGUUUACAUCUUUGUUAUCAAAUACUUGCCCUGUCUAGAUACAAGUUUGAAAUGUAUCUUGUGGAUGUUUAAAGACAUUGUAGCUGGUCUUAUCUGUUACAAAAGUGAGUAUUUUGCAACAAAAAAUAUGGAAUGAAUUUUGCUUUGUUCUAAGGUAUCAUUUGUUUCAAUAAAUAUAUGUUACAU